AUGCCUUGGUUUGGAUUCAUCGCACUUUCGUUACUCUUGAUCUUUUUUGCUUCGGCGCCGUUUAUUGUUUCUCCGCCAAGGAACGUACAAGCACCCGUUUUGACAAUAUUAAGGAUGGAGAACGGCGAAUUUUUCGCUAAGGAGAAUCUCAAAAAUGGUCCAAUCUUGUAUGGAUGGUUACAUGCGAUCCCGGGUGGUAUUUGGAGUGCAUUGAUGCCUUUUCAGCACGUCAAAUCAUUACGAAGAAAGUAUCCUGUUCUUCAUCGUUGGUCAGGAAGAAUAAUCAUUGCUCUUUCACUCACCUUAGCAAUCAGCUCAAUGACAUUUGGUCCAAAUAACUUAAUCUUUUCAGCUUCGACGACAUAUAUACACAAGAUGAAAGUGGGAGUUGAUCGACCAAUCACUGUAUUGGCUUGGCCUUCAUUCCGGAUGCUGGUGUGGUUUUUGUCUCCCACAUUGAUGAUCUCUGCCUUACAAACAAUCAGAACAGCACGCGCCAAGCAAUUUGAUCGACAUCAAUAUUGGGCAAGUGUGCUAACUGCAGUUGGUUAUUCGAUCCCAAUGCAAAGGGUGAUGAUGAUCAUUCUCUCAAUUAUAGCCGCUCAUUUGCAAUAUCUAUCACCUGAACAACGUGCGUUUUUUCACAUCCCAAACGACAAUGCGCCAAUCAUAGAAAAAUCUCAAGUGGAAAGAGCAGCUUUUUCCGCAACAGCUUGGGCUUCGGUUGUGGUUAUGACGAUCUGGUCAGUUACCCAAUCAUAUUGCCGCAAUGUGGAGUUAGAAAAGGUGAAAAAGGCAAAGGCGUAA